AUGGGUUAUGAUGGUGCACUGAACAAUGCAAAUUACUUGAAGUCAAAGUUUAGAAAGCCAUACAAGUUUAUUGUUCACUCAGUGCUGCAGGCUCUAAGUCAUUGCAAAGGAGGAUAUGAUGCUAUGCGAGACUAUCAGAUGAAUAUGGUGACAGCUCUGGUUUUGAACAAGAAGUACAACUUUUCUCACAUUGUGUUUCACUAUAUGGCUGAGAACACUAAGUCAAAGAUUAGGACUUGGAUUUAUCCAAGAUUUGUUCAAAUGUUGAUAGAUCAUGCUUAUCCUGACAUUGAAAGAGAUGUAAACAAUGAUUUGUUGGUGCUAUCUCACAUGAAUAAUGAUUCUCUUAAACAGUUAGCCAGAUAUCAUCCAAAUCAUCCUAAGCCGAAGAAGAUAGCUGAAUUUUUUGGAUUCAUCAAGGAUGAGAAUUAUGUUGAUCCAGAUCCUGUAAAUCAUCAAAACUGGAGAAAUGAGGAAGAGAUGAAAGAAGCUGGUUAUGCUGAUGAAUUAAAGGCACUUGAAGAAUUUAAAGGAACUCGAAACGAUUGGUUUGUGAAAGAACAGAAAAGGAGGGGUAGGAAAGCUACUCCUAAAGCACAAAAAGGAGAGGGUUCAUCUACACAAACCAAAAAGCGUCAAAAGAAAACUGCUAAAACUUUGCUUAUUGAUGAACCUGAUAUAGAAGAACCAGAACCAGAAGUUGAGAGUUUGCUGAAGAAAGUUAAGGCAUUUAAUGCUCAGAAAGAAAAAGCAGCUGAUGAUGCUCAGAAAGAAAAAGCAGCUGAUGAUGUAGAAGGUGAUGACGUGAACAAAAGUACUACGAGCUCUUCUAGUUCUUCUGAAGAUGAGAUUGAUGAGAUAGAGCGUGAAAAGAGAAUUCAAGCUGAGGUUGAAAAGGAAAGGCAGUUAAGAAAGAGAAAAUGA